AUGGAAGGACUCAACUGGACAUCUAGGAAGGAGUUUGUUCUACUGGGGUUUUCAGAAUACCCGAAGACUGAAAUGUUCAUCUUUCUUUUAUGUCUGGCGAUGUACAUGGUAAUCAUAUUGGGGAAUACUAUUAUAAUUAUUCUGACUAUCCUGGAUUGUCACAUUCACAUCCCAAUGUAUUUUUUCCUCAGUAAUCUCUCCUUCUUAGAUAUCUGUUUUACAUCCUCUUUUGUCCCCAAAAUGUUGACUAACUUCUCAUCAGGGAGAAAAACCAUCUCCUUCUCUGGGUGUGUGAUCCAAAUGUAUAUCUUCCUUGCUGUGGGGUCCACAGAGUCUGUGCUCCUAGCCACAAUGGCCUAUGAUCGGUACAUGGCCAUCUGUAAUCCCCUCAGAUACCCUACAAUCAUGAACAAGAGACACUGUGUGCAGUUGGUGGUUACAUCCUGGCUUGUAGGUUUUCUCAACUCUGCUAUGGAAACAGCUCUUGCAACAAGGUUGCCCUUUUGUGGGAAAAAUACAAUUAAUCAUUUUUUUUGUGAAAUCUUAGCCAUACUAAAGCUGGCCUGUGUUGACAUCUCUUUGAAUGAAAUUGUUAUGUUGAUAGACAGCAUAACACUUGCAUUCUCCCCAUUAUUGUUAAUUAUUAUCUCCUAUAUUUUUAUUCUCUCUGCCAUACUGAGAAUCAACUCUGCAGAAGGGAGGAAAAAAGCUUUUUCUACUUGCUCAGCACACUUGACUGUGGUGACUGUGUUUUAUGGGACUGUCUUCUUCAUGUAUAUGAAGCCUAAGUCCAAAAAUUCAAUUACAGACAAAUUUAUUACGUUGUUCUAUUCAGUGGUGACCCCCAUGCUGAACUCCAUCAUCCAUAGCCUGCGGAACAAGGAGGUGAAUGCAGCUAUGAGAAAUGUGCUGAAAAGACUUCCAUUCAAGAGGUGA